GAGCGUCCGUGUCUCGAUCGACAGACCUUUCGACAAAGUUCUCAGUGUUUUCGUGUCAUCGGAUAUCAACCAUGUCUGGUUUCGACGAGGCCGGAGUUUUCUACUCCGAUAACUUCGGUUCGGAAAACACCAACAACGAUCAGCAGAUCAACUACCAGGCCAUCAAGGGUCGGUUCCGAGAGUUUCUCCGACAAUUUCACGAAGGCAAUUUCAACUACCGCUACAGGGAUCAAUUGAAACAGCACUACAACAUGGGACAGUACUGGAUUGAAGUUCAAAUCGAGGACGUUGCAAGUUUCGAUGAAGUUCUCGCCGACAAAUUGAGUAAACAGCCUUCGGACCAUUUAGCAUUGUUCGAAGAAGCCGCGACUGAGGUGGCCGACGAGUUGACAAGACCGCGCCCAGUCGGCGAAGAACAGAUUUGCGACGUUCAGGUCAUGAUAGUCAGCAACGCGAACCCAGUCCAGAUGCGAGACCUUAAAUCUGAGGAGGUUUCGACCCUCGUCAAGAUCCCCGGUAUCGUCGUGGCGGCCAGCGAGGUCCGCGCCAAAGCCACGAAAAUCACCCUCAGAUGUAGAUCUUGUCAGCAGACACUGCCCAACAUACCUCUCAAGCCAGGUCUAGAAGGGAUGCAGCUCCCCCGACGUUGCUCCUCAGCCGAUCAGGGGGGCGCAUCCGGCGCUCAGAGAUGUCCUCUCGACCCAUACUUCAUCGUUCACGACAAGAGCAAGUGCGUGAACUUCCAACUCAUCAAACUGCAGGAAGCUCCCGAACAAGUUCCGUACGGAGAGAUGCCACGACACAUGCAGAUGUACGUGGAUCGGUCGCUCUGCGAACGUAUCGUGCCGGGCAACCGGGUCACAGCCGUAGGCAUCUACAGUCUGCGUAGCGGCCUUGGAAACAAACGUCAAGGUCUCGGCGACAAGAACGUCGGUCUUCGUUUCCCCUAUAUCCGGGUUGUGGGCCUGAUCGUGGAUACCGAGGAGAUGGGAAGCGUCCUAUCGAGAACGUACACGCCAGAAGAGGAGGAGAAGUUCAGGAACAUGGCGGCGUCCGACGAUAUCUAUGAACGUCUGGCGAAAAGUAUCGCUCCUUCGAUCUUCGGUAGCACUGACGUGAAGAAAGCCAUCGCCUGUCUCCUGUUCGCGGGCAGUAGGAAAAGACACCCCGACGGCCUGACGCGUCGAGGGGAUAUCAACGUGCUCUUACUCGGCGACCCGGGUACCGCGAAAUCGCAGCUGCUCAAAUUCGUGGAGCGGGUAGCGCCCGUUUCGGUGUACACCUCCGGGAAAGGUUCUUCGGCGGCUGGUCUGACAGCCUCCGUGGUUCGAGACCCUCAGACGAGGAACUUUGUCAUGGAAGGAGGCGCGAUGGUCCUCGCCGAUGGAGGAGUGGUGUGCAUCGACGAGUUCGAUAAAAUGCGCGAAGACGACAGAGUCGCAAUCCACGAGGCCAUGGAACAGCAAACGAUCUCGAUCGCUAAGGCCGGCAUCACGACCACGCUAAACACCAGAUGCGCGGUUCUCGCAGCGGCCAACUCCGUCUUCGGCCGUUGGGACGAUCUGAAAGCCGACGAGAACAUCAAUUUCAUGCCGACCAUCCUUUCGCGUUUCGACACGAUUUUUAUCGUGAAGGAUCUGCAUGACGCGGGCAAGGACAAGACGCUCGCACGUCACGUAAUGCAGAUCCAUCUGAACUCGGGCGUCACGCAGCAGGAGGAGCCCAAAGGCGGAGAGAUCGAUCUGCAUACGCUCAAGAGGUACAUCGCAUACUGCCGCGAGAAAUGCGGGCCUCGUUUGAGUGCGGAAGCGGGCGAGAAGCUCAAGCAUCAUUACGUGAUCAUGCGGAACGGUGCCAAGGAACACGAGCAGGAGACCGAGAAAAAAUCUUCUAUUCCGAUCACCGUCCGACAACUCGAAGCAAUCAUUCGGAUGAGCGAGGCUGUUGCGAAAAUGCAGUUGUUGCCGUUCGCCACGGAGCGACAGAUCGACGAGGCUCUGAGGCUGUUCCAGGUUUCGACCCUGGACGCUGCCAACUCCGGCGAGCUACAGGGCGCCGAAGGCUUCACCACCGAUGAAGAAUACCAGAUGUUGCAUCGCAUCGAACUGCAGAUCAAGAAGCGAUUCGCCAUCGGCAGUCAGGUGUCCGAGCAGACCAUCAUUCAAGAUUUCACGCGUCAAAAGUUCCCCGAGAGGUCCAUUUGCAAGGUUCUCGCGCUAAUGAUAAGAAGAGGCGAAGUCCAACAUCGUAUGCAGAGAAAGAUGCUGUAUCGACUGAAAUGA